GGCGUGUAUGAGCUGGACUGGACCAUGGGCCCAGCACCUUGCCUAUGGUAAAGGGGCGAUGAUCGAUCGCAUGCAGUUCGUGCUGCAAUAUCGCACGCUCCCGCUGGUAGUCCGGGCAGUCCAUAAGUAGGUGGUGCAGGUCUGCACGCACACUGCAUGCUGCACAAAGGUCCGAGGGCGCACGGCCAAGACGCUGCCUCAUAACUGGUGUAAAUGCAACAUUCAGCCGCAUGCGGUGAAGCAGGGAUGCGUAGUGUCGCGGAAGGCGAUGAGGAAGCGACAGUGAAAGAGAAGGAUCCACUGCGUGGAGCAGAGAGUAGGGUGUAAUGUCAUGCAGCCACUGUGAUCUUGUCUUGUCUGCAGAGAGAGCACGGACGAGGGCCUGACGAUCACCUUUGGGCAAGAUGAUAGAGUGGGCUGAAGCUAUAUGAUGACCCCGCAGGGCCGCCCGGUCGGCCUCUUCAUUGCCGGGUACGCCGACAUGACCAGGUACCCACUGUAAUACUACGCAGUGGCCCAGGUCUAGCAGCUCCUUGUAAGUUUCAAGCACGUCAGCAACAAUGGACGCGAGAGGACCUCGAAUGCCCAUUGUUGCGAGGCAUUGGAUAGCAGCUUUCGAGUCUGUGUAGAAGACCCAUGGCCGAGAUGAACACUGCAGGAUCUUGCGCAUGGCAAAGAGCAAAGCAUGUAGCUCAGCACAUGUUGACGACGUCAGAUGCGAGAGACGGAAGAUACCAGUUAUGUCUUCGGACGGAAUAAUAUAGGCGCAUGCAGAGCUGGAUUUUGUGGACGAGCCAUCCGUAAAAACAGGAGUAAAGCCUGCAUACAGCUCGCUCAUCAUAUCCAGUGUGAGCGCCUUGGACACACCUGCAGCGACAUCAUCCUUUCUCUGCAGCCCGGGAACGGAUAGUGAAGCAGAUGGCAGAGGGAGGGUCCAAGGUGGUGUUGGACGCGCCUGGGGUUCAACUUGAAAACGUGGCAGGUGAGGCUUUAGCUGUUGAAUGCAGGGCCUGAACUUGUUAUUCCUGCGACGGGAAAGCUUCAGCAGUAAAGGGUGGUGCCGGUGAUGAGCCAACAAACGGAGAUAGUGACGGCUCGUCUCAUUAAAGCGCUGGAUAGCAAGCGGAGUCUCUCUCGCUUCUGCCAUGACUAAACAAGUAUCCGUUGUUCUUGGCACGCCCAGGCACACACGAAGGCUACGUGCCAAAAGACACUGAAGCUUGGACUCGGAGGAUGGCGAAAUCCCGUGUAAUACUGGAAGGCUGUAUAGGAGCGGACCACGCACCAAGGCUCGAUGAAUGGCCAAAAGAGAUCGCGCAUCGCAGCCCCACAUGAGGUGGAGUACUCCAAGUAUACAAGAAAUACACGUGCCCAAGGCUUAUUUUAUGCUUUCCGAAACAUGGGAUUUCGACUGGAAAUGUCGCGGUCGAAUGCACUUUCAACGCAGGCCUUAUUGCUCCUAACUGUAAUUUUAAUAUCGGACAUCAGCGCCGUUGAGUAUGAAGAAACGGUGGUGUGGCAACCGGACGCACAGCAUAAAUACGUUGCACUUCGGGAAGUGACAGACAGCAGCAGAAAUGCCGUUGCUGCCGAAGCCAUUCAAGCACCCUCUCCUCCUACAAACGCGUCUUCAAAGCAACCACAGGCUGAUUCUCAGAUAGUGGCCACAUCUACUGAAGUGGUGGUGGUCCCCGCGAAGGCCCCUAUCCCGGAAUUCUCGUUCGGCGUAUGGAAUCCAGUAGACGGCACCGUCUGUAUCCUAGCCAAGUUCCAAGCCUUCUUCACCAUUAGCUACAACAGCCGCGGUGGACACCAGACGGUGACUAUCAAGAUGCCGGAAACCGCCAAAAGCAAGGGAGUGUGCGCAACGGAAACCACCGAGCCCAUACUGGAGCUAACGUGGCCCAUUUUCCGCUUUACGAUGUUAUUCGCCAGGACGCCAGGAGACAAGAACGAUAAAGGCAGUUGGAGUGUACAUUCACUCACACUUCAGUUCAACACCAAUUCGCAGUUCUUCCCGGGGGCUAUCAACACUGGAGUGCGAACAGCGCGCAGUGGAGACAAUAUGACGCUGUUCGAGACACCAAUGGGGGAAUCCUAUUUUUGCCCCACCCCAAAGCUGGUCACCCUCACAGAAUCCAGGGGGGCACGUCACGUAGCUGUGCAGUUCAAGGACCUGCGCAUACAAGCUUAUGAGUUUCUGGGGACAUACGGUCCUGCACACCGCUGCAGCCAAGUGCGGAUGGCCGGAGUGCAGGACCCUUUCCCACAAGAUGAGACUGUUCCUAUCGCCGUGGGAUCUACACUCGCAGUCAUGGCUGUCGCCGUUGUGGUCGGCUACGCUAUUUACCGCUCCGUACUCAUACGGCGCGUAGAUUACAACACAAUGAACUAAUUUCAUCCGCCUUUACAUACUUCCAGCAACAGAAAUAUUCCGAUGACAGGUCUCUCCUUUCGAAAUUUCGACACGGUCCCGCAGUACCAGUGCAACAGCUUCGUGAGAAAGCGAAAGUUUUACAAAGCCAUCGUUCUAACCAACACAUCGUUGUAAAAGGAAUCGUUUUAUACCGUGCGAAAACAAGGUCGUCGCACAAAAGCUCCACAACAAAUGCAGCCUAUAAUGAAUAACACUUGAUGGUCACGCAUGGCAGCUGGCCUGGCAUGACGAUAUGUGGAAAAGGUUUCUCCGAGUGGCAGAGCAGCGCUGUUCGAGUUAGUAGUAAUCCACGUGUCUACUGCAACCUGUUCGCUAUAGCCGAAACUUCGUUUUAAGAGGAUUAAUUUCAACUAGGACUGACCGUUAGUACCGUGGCACUCUUGAAUAUUCAACACAUAUUUUCAACACACGAGGAUACCUAACAGUCUGGUUCCCACAACACAGUCCCUGCUCCUUACUGACACAUUUCCAAACAAAACGCAACCUCCCAUACAAUGGCUAUUUACUAGGCACUUCACCUAGCAAGUUUCAAUAAGUGCCAUUGGUCACUGCAGCGUACGAGCGCGUGUUCAACGCCACCUAGAGCACACAGAGCCUGAUCGCUUAGACAACGUGACGUAGACAUUAAGAGCCCACCAAUCACGAUACUGGUAGACGCAGAAAGCCUGCAUUUGAGAUCGUCUCUGGCGAUUCGCUGAAGCGACGCGCAACCCCAAAUGUCGACGUGGCGAAGGAGUGAGUAGAGGCAUUGGCGCCGACUGAACACUCUCCUCCUAUGAGUAGAGGUAAUAAGCAGGCUUCCCGUAUCUAGGUGCUGUUGGUAUAUUUCCAUAGAGAUGUCUUCCAUUUUUUAGACUUCUUUUUACUCUCUGCAUUCUCAAGCCACUGUUGUAAACUCAGAACAUUGCAGCACAAUGAAAACAGUUCUAUGUACACAGCUGUACUAGGGAAUACAUACUACACAUAUUGUAGUAGUAUUGAACAACCUAGAAUGCAAUUUUGAACUCCAUACUUGCAUAGCCUGCCUGUAUAAAUGCUUUAGAUACAGUCGCAACACAUAUUGCUAACCUGACGUUUGAACGGGAGCAACGGUAAUGCGCAAUAUACUGCUGCGAGUGUCACAUAAUUUGGCGUUCAGCUAAUAGUCGUUGUAAUGCGUGUACGUGUGUAGUUACGAAUGGAUGGCGUGCAUGAGUGCUGUACAUAACAUAACUAUGUGAUGAUGUACAUACACGAAUAAAAUUGUUCAAUACUGCA